GCACCCCCAGGAGCCCUGGGGCCCCCCGAGCCCUGCGCCCCCAGGACCUCCAGCCCCUGCAUCCCCAGGACCCCCGGGCACCCCGUGGCCUGUGCCCCCAGGAACCACAGGCACCCGGGGCUCUGCACCCCCAGGAGCCCCGGGCACCCCAGGCCCUGCACCCCUGGCCCCUGCGCCCCUGCUCCUCCAGGACCCCCCUGCGCCCCCCGGCCCCGCAUCUCCCGCGUGCCCCCGUGCUCGGCCCAGCACCCCGGUACCCCGGCCAAGCGCCGCACGCGCCCACCCGCCUCCCUCCCGGGCUUCGGGGGCGGCCAUGGGCCCAGGGGCGGGUGCUGCUGUGGGGCAGCCCUCCCUGUGGGGGGGCAUCCUGCUGCCCCCCAGGGGCACGGGGAGGCGAGGGGGCUGCUCGGGGGGCACGGCCGCGGGACACCCCGCCGGCGGGCGCAGGCCAUAGGGGAUGCUUGGGCUGGGCCCGUGUCCGGGGUGGGGCGUCGGGCCCCCCCGGCCUCCCGCGCAGGCGCGGGACCCCCCCAGGGGGGCCGGGGCCCUUCGCCUCGCCCCCGGCGCGGGCAGGGGCGGGCGCGGGGCGCCGGGGCGCAUCUCCUGCCGGGGCCCGGCGCACACGGCUGCGCUCUGCGACGCCGGCUCGGCUCGGCGCGGCUCGGCACGCCAUGGCGGGCGCUCCCGGGCGGCGCGGCGCCCCGCUGCCCCUCGUCCUCUGCCUCCUCCCAGGUAGGGCCCGGCCGGGCGGGGGGCUCCGGGGGUGAGGGGCUCCGGGGGGGGGACCGGGCAGCAGGAGGGAGCAGCCCCACGCAGACCCCAAGGGGCGAAAAGGGCCCCGGCCCCGCGGCCCGCCCCGGCCCGGCAACCCCAGAGGCACGAGAUGGCGGCCGUGGCGUGCCCGGGCGGGGGGCCCCCCGGGGAAGGGCCCCCCGGGGAAGGGCCCCGCGCCCCCUCGCCGGCCGGUCCCCCGGGGCACCCCGGAAUAGCAUCGGCCCCGGCCCGGCCCGGCCCUCCGGCUUCCUGUCAACAAAGCCCCGAAAGAGGAACCGAAACCGGCCGGGGGGCCCGGGGCGCCGCGCGGGGGGCCGGGCGCCCCCCGCCCCGUGCCCGGCGGGGCCCUGAGCGCGCCCUGCCCGCAGGCUGCCUCCUCCCGGCGCCCGCCGCGGCCAACGGGACCUGCGGCGCCGGCAACUGCACCUUCCCGCCGGCGCCAGCGCCCGCCCGGGUGACCCCGGCGCCCGUCCUGGUGGAGAAGCACCAGCCGACGGCGGGCCGCUGCCGCGCCGGCGGCUCCGCCGUGGUGGUGGAGGCCGGCCCCACGUCCCGCACCGCCACGGUGGGCGACCGCGUCAGCCUGGAGUGCGUGUUCAGCGCCCCCGAGGCGGCCACGGUGACCUGGAACCGCGUCUGCCCCCGCAAGAACUGCAGCAGCGCCUUCGCCCCCGUGGGCACCAGCCCCGGCAACCGCUCGGUGCUGCUGCAGCCGGACCGCGCCACCCUCGACUUCCACCACGUCGACCUGCGCGACGCCGGCCUCUACUUCUGCCGCGUGGAGGCCGGCCGCGCCGCCGGGCAGUCGUGCGGCACCUACCUGCGCGUGCGCAACCCGGUGGCCGUGCCCUUCCUCAACCUCAGGGAAUCCACCAAGAACCGCAUCAUCACGGCCGAGGGCAUCCUGCUGCUGCUCUGCGCCGUGGGACCCGGCCUCUUCCUCCUCUUUAGGAAGCGAUGGGCUAACGAGCGGCUGCUGCAGAUCAAGAAGAGCGCGUACGAGGAGGAGAACCUGUACGAGGGGCUGAACCUGGACGAGUGCUCCAUGUACGAGGACAUCUCCCGCGGGCUGCAGCCCACCUACCAGGACGUGGGCAGCCUCUGCGGGGGCGACGCGCAGCUGGAGAAGCCGUGAGGGGCCGCGCGGCCCCGUCCCGCCUGCAGCCCCCCGGCUCUCCGCGCCCUCCGGCUGCCCGCGCGCAGCGGGAAUGGGGCGCCGGACCGCCCGUUACCGUCCCCCUUCGGCUCGAGCCCCCCACGGCUUCGCUUCGCUGUUUAACCGCGGGAUCCCUCGGCGCUGCCCUGCCCCGCCCUGCGCGCCGACCUCCCGCCCCGGGUGCUCCACGAGCAGUAAUAAAGCUAACGAGCUGCUGACA